AUGGGGUUUUAUAAUUCUUGGAGCUGGGAGGCCAUUCCGCCCGAGACGGCGACGUUCACGCCCGACAUCACGCCCCUGAUCCUCGCUGCCCACAGGGACAACUACGAGAUCAUAAAGAUCCUACUUGACCGCGGGGGCACGCUGCCCCAGCCCCAUGAUCUCAGGUGCGGCUGCGACGACUGCGUGACGUCACGGCAGGAGGACUCCCUCCGGCACUCCCGGAGCCGAAUCAACGCCUACCGCGCCCUCGCCUCGCCCUCCCUCAUCGCCCUCUCCUCCAAGGACCCUAUCCUCACCGCCUUCGAGCUCUCCUGGGAGCUUCGGCGCCUCUCAUUCAUGGAGCACGAGUUCCGCAGCGAGUACCAGGAACUCCGAAAGCAGUGCCAGGACUUCGCCACGGCCCUUCUGGACCACACGAGGUCGUCCUACGAGCUGGAGGUCCUGCUUAACCACGACCCGUCGGGGCCGCCGCACGAGCACGGCGAGCGCAUGCACCUCAACCGCCUUAAGCUGGCCAUCAAACUCAAGCAGAAGAAGUUCGUGGCCCACCCCAACGUGCAGCAGCUCCUGGCGUCGAUCUGGUACGAGGGCCUCCCCGGAUUCCGCCGCAAGAACAUGGCGCUGCAGGCCCUCGAGAUCGUCAAGAUCGGCCUUCUGUUCCCCAUCUUCUCCAUCGUGUACAUCCUGGCCCCGCACACGUCCCUCGGCCAGACAAUGCGGAAGCCGUUCAUCAAGUUCAUCUGCCAUUCUGCCUCCUACUUGACCUUCCUUACUCUGCUAAUCUUGGCCUCGCAGCGGAUAGAGACCGUCAUCGUGGAUUGGUUCGGUGCCACGCCCACGCUCAAGAAGUGGGUGGCCACGGACGUAACCACCCGCAGAGGGGCGCCGCCGAGUCUCGUGGAGUGGUUAAUUCUCGCCUGGGUCUUUGGACUAAUAUGGUCGGAGAUCAAGCAGCUGUGGGACGUGGGGCUGCGGGAGUAUGUGGGCGACAUGUGGAACGUCAUCGACUUCAUCACCAACGCCCUCUACGUGGCCACCAUAGCGCUCAGAAUAGUCGCCUACUAUCAGGUACAGCGGGAGGUGCGAGACAACACGGGCACGGAGAACCUACCCCGGAAGGAGUGGGACACGUGGGACCCCAUGCUCAUUGCCGAAGGCCUCUUCGCCGCGGCUAACAUCUUCAGCUCGCUCAAGCUGGUGUACAUCUUCAGCGUCAACCCAUACUUGGGGCCCCUGCAGGUGUCACUCUCGAGGAUGGUCGUGGACAUCCUCAAGUUCAUCUUCCUCUACCUCCUCACGCUGUUUGCCUUCUCCUGCGGAAUGAACCAGCUGUUGUGGUUCUACGCCGACCUGGAGAAGCAAGUGUGCGACGAAAAGGCGAAAAACGGCAUGAGCUACGACGACACAGACUCGUGCAUAGUGUGGCGGAGGUUCUCAAACUUGUUCGAGACGACGCAGACGCUGUUCUGGGCGGCCUUCGGGCUCAUCGACCUCGGUAACUUCGAGCUGGAGGGAAUCAAGCCUUUCACCAGGUUCUGGGGGAUGCUCAUGUUCGGCACGUACUCGGUCAUCAACGUCAUCGUCCUCCUUAACCUCCUAAUUGCUAUGAUGAAUCACUCAUAUCAACUGGUUUCAGUAAGUUCUGAGCGGGCGGACACGGAAUGGAAGUUCGCUCGCAGCAAACUGUGGAUAAGCUAUUUCGAGGAGGGCGGUACCACGCCCCCGCCCUUCAACAUCAUCCCAGCACCCAAGAGCGUGUAUUACCUCUUCCACUGGUUCUUCAAGAAGUUCUGCGGCCAGACGAAGGCGGCGAAGAAGGAGCACAUGAGGACGAUAAGGAGUAUCAUGAGGAACCUCGUCCGGCGCUACGUGACGGUGGAGCAGCGCAAGGCCGAGAACCAGGGCGUGACGGAGGACGACGUCAACGAGAUCAAACAGGACAUCUCCGCCUUCCGCUGCGAACUGGUCGAGAUCCUCAAGAACUCCGGCAUGAACACCUCCACGGCGGUCGCCACGGGUCAAGGUUCAGGUGGGAAGAAGAACCGACAGAAGGAGCGACGGCUGAUGAAGGGUUUCAACCUCGGCGUGAACUCUAUCACCCCGCACCUGAGCAUAGCCAGUGCCACCGUGCUCCCGGCUACAGCUGAGGUAAGGCAGGGCGACGUCUGCAGAUAUUGUCUGGAUCCUUCACCGUUGUUUGCCUUUUCUCUUCCCUCAUCAACGUCGUCGAUUUUUUUAUUCCCCAAACAAAUAAUGACUGUUGAUUGCCCCUUCACCCAUUUGACUGACAACUUAAGGUGCUGGAAAUGUUCAGUGGUGGAGGCGGCGGUCAAGCGGUCGCCGGUCAACAAGCUGGCGAGGCUGGCGCGGCUGGCGGAGGCGCGCCUGGGUCGGCCCACCAGCAAGAAGCGGUGGGGGACCCUCGUGGAGGCCGCCAAGAACGCCAAAGUAAAAAAGUUGUUAUCCAGGUCCCGCUCCGACGAGUCGCUCUCCUCCGACCCCGGCAACGAGAUCACCGCUGACUCCGAGGAGGCUCGGGGGGGCUCCGGGACACCCACGCCCCUCCAGAGCCUCCCUCCGGUGGGCAUCCUUCGGGGAGGCAGCGGUAGCGGUAGCGGCGGCGCCGGCGGCGAUGGGACGACGGAGGGCGGGCGGCGGGAGCGCACUGGGCUGGGCGGGAGCGGGACGAUGCACCUGGACGCCGCCGCCCUCGUGAGCCAGCAGGACCACGCCUCGCGCCCGCCCAAGAACUCCGUCAGCUUCGACAGGGCGGCGUUGGGCGGGGGAGGGGGAGGGGCCAGCAGCAGCAGCCCCUCCCACUCCUCCAGCGAGGCGGACCCUCCGCCUCCGUACCCCUGGCCGCGCCCUGCUGCGGUCACCGCCGCCGCCGCCAACCUGACCAGCGAGCUGCCUGCGCCCACGUCGCCGUCCUCGGGGGGCAGCAGCGCGGGCGGCAACAUGCCCGCCCUGCCCGUGAGCGAGUCCUCCGAGCCCUUGGUGGGCGGGGGGCGGCCGGCGAACGGCUCUGUGCAGCCGCCGCGCCUGCCGGGCAUCCAACCCGUCAACCGCCACAUGGCCGCCGGCUGGCUCUGAUGCUCUCCAGAUACAAAGUUGUUUUGGAGUCGAAGCACAAGUUAUCAUCUGCCCAUCUGUAAAUAGGUCGAGCAUCACCCCUGCGUCGGUGACCUGGCAACGCGACUCUGACCCUUCGACACUCAGCACAUAAGGCUCAUUUUCCCCUUUCGCUGUCAUGUCCUGGGAAAAAUGACCCUUAUGCCAGACUGGUAUAAAGGUCACAAUCGCUUCUCGGAUCCUGAUGUUUCUCACUUACAUUGUAAAUAACCUAAAGGUGGGACUGGCGGGCUCUUCCCAUGUUUAUAUGAGGUUUAUAAUGUUAAUCCUGAUGGCCGUUUUUAAGAGCCGUUGUGAAGGCGAUGUGAUAGAUUAAUUAUAUCUGAAUAUUUAUCCCUCCUUAAUCGUAUAUUCUAAUUGUGGAUUUAAGACUAUACAUUUUUAGAGAAGGGUUUUAUAAGAAUGUUGUUGUUGAAAUUACUACAGAUUUUAACCAUUCAGAUUCUACCCCACGUUUGUGACUUGUGAAAACUGAGACUGGAAAAAAACGCUCCACAUGACACUCCAUCGUGAUUGGUGGACAAUAAGCCAAUGGCAGUGCUUACAGAGACUUGUUGGAGUUGUGUCGACCAAUCAGCUAUCAGUAAUGCAAGCUCAAGAACGCACAUCUACUUUUAAGAAUUGCUACUCAGAUUGAGUGCCAUUGUCACCUCUGUGUCCUAGAGACAUAGGGAAUAUUAUCGUAUAACUAAUGUUAAUCUAUUGGACAAAAUGUUUAAUGUAAACACGGGUUCAGAUAUGAAAGUACACCUUAGGCUUUUAUAUAAAUACACUCUUCAUUUUCUAAAAUAGUUGACGGCAAAGAGGCAUUUGCACAAACAUGUUUUACGUUACCAUGUAAACAAGUACUUGUGCUAGACGUGAUCAUUCUACAGUGACAUUCUUCAACACUGCUGGUGCUAAAACCGUAAUUUCCAGGCGGUCGCCGCGGACGCGUCGGAGGCACGACCGCCUUCAGCUGCACCAUCAGCCGACGGUGUUCCGGCUGGCCCCUCUCUCCUUCCUCUCUCAUUUCUUCUUCUCUUGUAACCGUCUGAGUUGGAAAGCAUGCCGGGCCCUCUUCCUCUUCUUUUGCGACGUGUCAUGAGCGGCGUCUCAGGAGCGAGCACGCGCCGAGGGAGAGAUGAGAGAGAAACGCUCUUGGUCACGUGAGAACCGCGACUGAGAACCAGACGUCUCGCUGGCCUCGACCGGCCGACUUCCGCGCAUUUCGGUGACUUUUUUGUUCUUGAGGGAAAGUCUGCUCAGGACGUCGCGUUUCCGGAUAGGUGACUCACUCGCUGACAUGUGAGCCUCGAACUAGGAAGGAUUCCACAUGCCUUACAGCCAUCAAGCCUCGUCGAGUCUUUUGCCCUUCUGUAUAAGUAAUACUUGAGAGAAGGGAAAAGUUUCAUUCUUAUUCAUAUUAAUAUUUAUUUUCCUCCGUUCAGCAGGAGAAUUGAAGGCUGAAAAUAUAUUUUCCUUUUAGAUGCGGUCUAAUUGUUUGAGAAGAGGACCCCGGAGAACCCUUCAGGGGAGACAGGGCUCUUCUCCGCCCUCUUCCAGGGUGACCCUCUAGCACCUGGACCCUCUCGGGCGCCGCAAGUGCUUUCGAGUUCACCUUUUCCCUAUCUGCGUGCAUUCAAUUCCGUUUCGCUUUGUUUAUUUGCUCUUGUUUUGGCUGGAUGGCUGCCACUUCAACAAGUUCGUUAGCGCUGAAAUGGCCUCGUUGGUUCUCACACUCUCGAGACGACGAGCAGUUGUCUGACACGAGCCGUUAGCUUGGAAACCCCAAAGCUUUUUUUCCUCGGUGUUGUAGAGAGGAAGUCAGCCUUAUUCUUAAGGGAUGAAGAGGUAAACAAAAUUCCUCUAAUUCUUUCUCCUUACUUAUGGCCCUUGUCUAUAAGUGUAAACGAUGCAUGCAAAAAUUAGCAACACUGUGUAAAUAUUUGCUUUCAGAUAUCUUUUUUGGCAACGAACACUUGGUGUCUCGUAUGUUAGGCUAACGUAUGGCUGUCAGAGUUCUGUGGAGAUAUACUUCUGUUGUUUUGAUCGUUGAUUCUGUUGCUUAUACCAAUAUAUAGCGCAUAUAUAUAUCGUAUACAAUAACUUUUUUUUAUCCACGUUAUGGUCGUUUUAUGUUUUUGGGGUUAGGAAUACUAAUGUAAUAAAUAUAUUAGUAAGUUACAGUCCGGAUUUAGAAAAUAAAUCGAGAACUAAACAGUUUGUGUGAGUGGUAUCAAUGUUGCCAAAUUCUUCUAGAUGAAAGAAAUAAAGGCUUCUGUAGUGUUACCAAUUAAACCUUCGAAGACAUAACUUCUACACAACCAACCUGUAACACGCGAAGGAGAGUCUAAUAAUGUUCUGUAGAUCCUCGAGUGUCGACCAUAUUUUUAUAACAUUUGAUAUGAACCUCUCCUGAUAAUCCAUUUCCACCUCCCUUCUGAGGGCGUCGAUCUCUUCGUGGCGAUGCGUCUCGCUUGCUAAUCCUUCUUCGCUUUUCGCUGCUAGGAAGAUGCAGGCAUGAGUUAGGAAUUAUACAUAUAUCCAUACAUAUGUAUUUGU